CAAUUUAGGAGUAUGUCUAGGUGGGUAAGCCAGAAAUAUGGAAAGCUAGGGAGAGCUUAAGUGGUCUAUGACUGAUGGGCCAAUCUUCCUUUAUUCCCUUUCAGAUGUCACAGUGGAUCCUUUGCCUCUGGGGCCCAUGAAGGGGAGAAUAGGAUCUUCUGGCUGGUGGGAACUAGCCUAAGACAGUAAGCAGCCAUGGAUAUGGCAUACGAGCUACUCAAUGGGAGCCAAGCGUGGCUGUCCUCCUCGUUGGACCUCAAUGGUUCAGUGGUGGCAGCCAAUGGCUCCAACCAAACAGAGCCGUACUAUGACCUGACCAGCAAUGCAGUCCUCACAUUCAUAUAUUUUGUGGUCUGCAUCAUUGGGUUGUGUGGCAACACGCUCGUCAUUUAUGUCAUCCUCCGCUAUGCCAAGAUGAAAACCAUCACCAACAUUUACAUCCUCAACCUGGCCAUCGCGGAUGAGCUCUUCAUGCUGGGCCUGCCCUUUUUGGCCAUGCAGGUGGCUCUGGUCCACUGGCCCUUUGGCAAGGCCAUCUGCCGGGUGGUCAUGACUGUGGAUGGCAUCAAUCAGUUCACCAGCAUUUUCUGCUUGACAGUCAUGAGCAUUGACCGCUACCUGGCCGUGGUCCACCCCAUCAAGUCGGCCAAGUGGAGGAGACCCCGGACAGCCAAGAUGAUCAACGUGGCUGUGUGGGGAGUCUCUCUGCUGGUCAUCUUGCCUAUCAUGAUAUAUGCCGGUCUUCGGAGCAACCAGUCAGGGAGAAGCAGCUGCACCAUCAACUGGCCAGGUGAAUCUGGGGCAUGGUACACAGGGUUCAUUAUCUAUACCUUCAUCUUGGGGUUCCUGGUACCCCUUACCAUCAUUUGUCUUUGCUACCUGUUCAUUAUCAUCAAGGUCAAGUCCUCUGGAAUCCGAGUGGGUUCCUCCAAGAGGAAAAAGUCAGAGAAGAAGGUCACACGGAUGGUGUCCAUAGUGGUGGCUGUCUUCAUUUUCUGCUGGCUCCCCUUCUACAUCUUUAAUGUCUCAUCGGUUUCUGUGGCCAUCAGUCCCACUCCAGCCCUCAAAGGCAUGUUUGACUUUGUGGUGGUCCUCACCUAUGCUAAUAGCUGUGCCAACCCCAUCCUAUAUGCCUUCUUGUCUGACAACUUCAAGAAGAGCUUCCAGAAUGUCCUCUGCUUGGUCAAGGUGAGCGGCACAGAUGAUGGGGAACGGAGUGACAGUAAGCAGGACAAAUCCCGGCUGAAUGAGACCACGGAGACCCAGAGGACCCUCCUCAAUGGAGAUCCCCAGACCAGUAUCUGAACCACCUGAAAAACAAAAAACACCAAGCUCUGCCUACUGGCAGUGUGUUCCCUACCCCCGCCCCAUUCCGUCCUCCCACCCAUCACACCUGGCUUCUAGAAUAGGGAAUUGCUCAGCAUGAGGCCAAUUCAGAAACCAGUGUUUGAGUCGGCUUGUCUGAGUGAACGGUAGUGUAUUAAAUUGAUUACCUUCCCCUGAAAGUGAACAUUUAAAGGCAGGCAAACAAUUUAAGGUCUGGAGAAGGGGAGAUCACACCUGAGUGGGGUCUUUGGAACUGUCAGGCUCCACGAAAAUAGCAAAAUGUAUCUGUGUGUUUGAGUGUUUAAUGCCUACUAUGUAAUCUUCUGUUCUUACAUUUAGACUUGUAUAUUAACUCUUCAGUCCCUGUACAGCUAUUACCUACAUUUCCUGUGCUCCUGUGCACAAGUAGCUAAUUUAAGUGUGUGAAGUAUAGGUGGACAUUUCUUACAAUAUGGUACCUGCUAAAAUGGACUUACCAUGAAGCCCAUAAAAUGUAAGCUUCAGGGCUCUCUCGCACAGCACCUUCCAAGGCCUGGGAGGAACU